AUGACCAUUUCCGCCAUGUCGGAGGAUCAUGAUAUUCGCAUUACCUCUUCGAAAGAGAAAUACCCCGAUUACAACGCCGAGAUGACCAAAGAGGAAGAUGUGGAGAAUUCUGCUGGGCAGCUGGAAGAAAUCCACAACCUGCGACAGGGACUCCACCAGCGACACAUCCAGAUGAUCGCUCUCGCCGGUACUGUUGGAACGGGUCUGUUUCUCAGCUCGGGUCGCGCCAUCGCCCACGCCGGCCCCUUGGGAGCCUUCCUGUCAUAUUCCAUCAUCGGUCUAGCAGUGUCUAGUGUUGUUUUUGGCGUCGGUGAGAUGGGUGCUUUGUGCCCUCUCAACGGAGGAGUCAUAAGAUAUGCAGAAAUCUUCUUUGAUCCUGCGCUGGCCUUCGCCAAUGGAUGGAACCAAGUGUACUCCUAUAUUGUGUCCAUCCCAGCUGAAUUGGUCGCAUGCGCCGUCAUUGUUGAGUUCUGGAUCACUGUCAGCAGUGCUAUAUGGAUCACCGUAUUCGGUCUUAUCAUGACUAUCACGGCGCUACUCUUCGUCCGGAUCUACGGAGAGCUCGAGUUUGGAUUCUCGAUUCUCAAAAUCAUGUUGAUUAUCGGUAUUAACAUUAUGGCUUUGGUCAUCACCUGCGGUGGAGCGCCAAGUCACAAAACCAUAGGCUUUGAAUACUGGAAGGCUCCGUAUGGCCCCUUUGUCCAAUACCUCGGCAUCAAAGGCUCACUGGGCCGUUUCCUUGGAUUUUGGGCCACAUUCAGCAAUGCUCUAUACGCUUAUUCCGGCAUUGAAAACAUCACCGUUGCAGCUGCAGAGACUAGAUGUCCUCGGCAAGCUAUCCCAAUGGCCGCACGACGCAUUUUCGUCCGUAUCCUGCUAUUCUACGUUAUUACGAUAUUCAUGGUUGGUUUAGUUGUAUCCUCUGCCGACCCGAGCCUACUCCAAGACUCCGGCACGGCGGCCCAGUCUCCCUUUGUUAUUGCCGCCCGGGAUGCCGGUAUCAAAGUGGUUCCAUCAAUCAUCAACGCCGUUGUUCUGACCUCAGCCUGGUCAUCAGGGAACUCUAACAUGCUCGGCGGCUCUCGAAUUCUCUACGGAAUGGCAAUGCAGGGUCAUGCUCCCGCUGUCUUCAAGCGUCUUAACCGCUUCUCAAUUCCCUACGUCGCCGUUGGCCUUUACAGCAUUUUCAUGGCUCUAGGCUACAUGGCUCUCUCUGAUGGCGCAUCCCUGGCCUUUGAAUGGCUCCAAGAUUUGGUUUCUAUCUCUACCAUUGUAAACUGGAUAACUAUAAUUGUUGUCUAUCUUCGGUUUCUAUAUGGAUGCAAGAAGCAGGGGAUCGACCGGAAGAGAGAGUUGCCUUGGGCGGCUCCAUUCCAGCCUUAUGGAACAUGGUUUUCCUUGGUCAUCUUCGUCCUACUGUUCCUGACUGGAGGUUAUUCUACAUUUAUGAAGGGACAUUGGAGCACUGAGACCUUUAUCUCGUCUUACUUCAAUUUGCCGUUCAUCCUCAUCGUGUAUUUCGGAUACAAGUUCUGGAUGAAGACCAAGAUCAUUCCAUUGGAGGAUAUCCCCAUUCGGCCUUUUAUUGAGCAUUAUCGGCAGAAUCCUGAGCCAGAACCGGCGCCUAAACGUGGGCUCCGGCGACUGAAUAUCCUGUGGUCUUAA